CGCUACUCACGGAGCUUACGCAAUGCUCGUUCAGGAAUUAACGCUAGAGGAUGGCGCAUAUUUUAGAAAUUAUGUUAGGAUGAGUAUGGAGGAUUUCAGCGGUUUGUUAUCUCUUGUUGCUCCUCUUGUGUCCAAAACCAACACAAACUUUCGGGAAGCGAUUCCACCAGAGGAUCAGUUGGCAGUAACACUCCGUUUUUUGGCCACAGGGGAUUCCUUUUCGACGUUAAUGUAUCGGCAUAGAAUAUCAAAAAGUGCCAUAUGCAACAUUAUUCUUCGUGUUUGCGAGGCCAUUGUGCAAGUUUAUCCCAAGAAGUGAAGCUUCCUGCUACUGCAGAGGAAUGGCUGAAAAUUGCCAAAGAAUAUGAAGAAAAAUGGAAUUUCCCCAGGUGUUUGGGAGCUAUAGAUGGGAGGCACAUUGACAUUGUGGCACCACCCAACAGUGGAACAGUUUAUUUUAAUUAUAAAGAGCGCUUCAGCAUUGUUUUGCUAGCAAUUGCUGAUGCUAAUUAUAGAAUAAUUUACGCUGAUGUUGGCACGCAGGGGAGGAUUUCAGAUGGUGGUGUCCUUAAAGACACCACAUUUUACAAAAUGUUAGAAACCAAAACUCUAAAUAUACCACCAUCAACUCCUCUUCUUGGUAGGAGCAAGCCUGUUCCAUAUGUUUUCGUUGCUGACGAAGCCUUUGGCCUAGAGGAAAAUAUUGUGAAACCAUUUCCAGGUCUGCAUGAAAAAAAUAGUUGGCAACGUAUUUUUAACUAUAGAGCAUGCAGGGCAAGAAGAGUAAUAGAAAAUGUAUUUGGGAUUAUAAGUGCUGUUUACAGAGUGCUGAGGAAGCAAAUGCUUCUCAGUCCGGAAAAGGCUACAGUGGUGGCACUAGCCUGUGUUUAUUUACAUAAUUUUCUUCAAAACAGAAAAUCUCAAAGUUAUUGUCCAGCAGGAACAUACGACAGAGAGGGAGAUGAUGGCAACGUAAUACCUGGGUCCUGGAGAGACACCCCUACUGUGCUGGAGUCACUGCCAAGAACUGGCCGAAGAACUUCAUUGCUGAAUGACAACAGAAGAUGGUGGUGGUGGUGGCUUGAUGCCAGCAGCUUAUCUUUUGACACAGGACUGUGUAAAGUGAGUAAUAAGCACAAUGAUCCAGAUCAACCAGAUUUGUAG